CAACUUCAUUGACAUCCUGCUUAUUUUUUGUUGCUUACGAAGCGUGACACGAAACUCGUUUUUAUUUUUUAUUUUUAAUGGAAAUAAGAAAGACUUCCUGGUAACCUAUCUCCAUGGAAUUGUAUAGUCUUUUUUAUUUAUCUAUUAAUUCAUUUAUUUAUGUUCUUGGAGCUACAGAUGGCAGGUUUUGACGUGUGAAGUCAUGAAUUCUUAAACUAUGAUGUUUUCUUCCUAAAUUUAAAAUUUAAAAUUUAAAAUAGAUGACUCAACAUAUCAAACUGCUUUUUCUAUUCACAUUAUAUUAUAAGUUUUUUGUCUUUCAACUGAUUUAUGUUCUCUUGGGUUGAAGGUUCAUCUUACUUUGGUAAACGUUUGUGUUUCCUCUCUCUAGUCAUCAGGUUUUUAUCAUUGUUUUUACAAUACUUGAGAAUUGAUUCUUGUGUGUUUAUGCAUGCAUCUUGUUUGUUUUAUUGAAAUUAACUCUGUUUUAUCUUUAUUUAUACAUUCAAAUAUUCAAUUAUGGUUUUAUCUGAACCAAACAUGCUGUUAGUGUUGGUCCUGCAUUUAGUUAAUUAACAUUGUUUAUUCAGACUUGCUAGAUGCCAAAUGCUUAAACUUGUAAUUUUCUUGUCGAGAAUUGUUGGUCUCAAUUCUCAACUAGGCCAAAGAUACUCUUAAGGUCAUGUGAGAUUGUCCGCUUUGAACCAAGCCCGUGCGGUUUUCCUCAAAAGGCCUCAACCAAAGGGAUUGUUUGGUACAUGGGAUAAAGAUAAUAGUCCCGGGAUAGAAUUUAGGAUUGUAUUUAUCUCAUGUUUGGUUAAAGGUAUUAGCUAAUUUCGAGAUAAAUUUUACACUAAAAUGGUGGGAUUAGCUAUCCCAUAUAGAAGGUGGAAUAACUAAUCUUAUGGGAUAUUCUGGUUUAUCCCACCGUUGUACCAAAUGACCCCUAAGAGUAUCCUACAUAUAAGAGUAUCCUACACCUUAUAUGCAAUUUCCCAAUCUUUUCAGCUACUAUUGUAAGACUUUGUUCAACACCUAGCAGUCUCCAUUUGAACUAAGUUCCACAUGGUCCAUCACCACGAUCCAUGUGUCUCCCCCCUCAAAUUAAGCUUCACAUGGCCCAUUACCAUGAUCUAUGGGUCACUUUUUGAGAUUUACUGUGUGCCAACUAGUCAGAGUUGCGUCUCUAAGCUCGUUAGGGGAAGUAAACCGAGCCACACACUAUCUCUCUGCUAUCGCCAUACUUGUCCCGCCGAACCAUAGGCUCUGAUACCAGUUGUUUAGCUCAAUCAGCCUAAAGAUACUCUUAACAUAGUGUGAUAUUAUCCUCUUUAGGUCAAACCAACAUGGUUUUUCCCAAAAGGCCUCAACUUUUAAGAGUAUCUGAAUGUUGAACUUUGUUCUUACACCUAACAAGACUAAUGUUAAUGCGUGAUAUGAAGAUGAUACGUUCUUAUAGAUUAGUCCUAUUCAAUGAUUGAGAAGAAGACAACUUAAUGUUGUUUGUUCAAGUAGUUAACAUUUUUGAAUUGUCACUGGAUUAGAUUUUAUGUGUUGCUACUAUGGUGUAGGUUGACAAUAUAACUUGUUUGUUCGGUCCUACAUCAUUACAAAGCAGAAAUAUGUCUUAUUGCAAAAUGGAAACAGAUGAAAGUGGGACUUCUUCUAGUUGUGACCUUGAUGCCUGCUUUUGGCUACCCCCUGAACCAGAACAUUGUUAUGAUGAUAUGGAAUUUCAUGCGGCUAAUUAUGAAGACGGCGGUCACAAGUUUAAAGAGGAAAAACAAAAGUUAUUAGGGGAUAUGAUGGACCAGAGGCUUAAGCCCUUUGUCAAUGACAUGCUUAAUUCUUCUGGUGUCGUCUCUUCAGGGAAAGAGGGUGACAAUUGGAUUGACAUAGUAAUUUCCUUGUCCGUGGAGGCUGCUUCAUUUUUGAUGCCUACUGCCACGGAAGGAAAUGCUAUGGAUCCUAAUCGAUAUUUGAAGAUAAAAUGUAUUGCAACUGGUUCUCGCAGCCAAAGUCAAUUUGUUCGAGGUUUGGUCUUCAAUAAACAUGCUGCUCACAAACACAUGCCUACAAAGUAUGAUAAGCCUAGAUUGCUGCUGAUCCAGGGUGCGCUUGGUCUCUCUUCAAAUGAAUUGUCGGUAUUUGAGUCCUUUCGACAGGAGAAUGAUAGAGUGAAGUCCAUAAUUGACAUGAUAGAAAGCUACGAACCAAAUGUGGUUUUAGUAGAGAAGUCUGUUUCUCGUGACUUACAAGAGUAUGCUCUUAAUAAAGGAUUGACAUUGGUCGUUGAUAUCAAGCCACAUCGAAUGGAGAGAGUUUCUCAAUGCACAGGUUCAUCAAUCAUAUCCUCUGAAACAUUGGUUGACCUCAGGCAGUGUGAUUCCUUUCAUUUUGAGAAAUUCCUAGAAGAACAUGUCUCUUCUGGUGAUAAUGGGAAAAGAUCUAGCAAAACACUUAUGUUUAUCAGCGGCUGUUCUAGUCAUCGUGGAUGUACAAUUUUGCUAAUGGGAACUAACAGCAAUGAAUUGAAGAAAGUUAAAUAUGUUGUCCGGCGUGCUGUCAUCGUGGCAUAUAAUUUAAUCCUUGAGACUUCUUUCCUUCUAGAUCAAAAAGCAAUGAUAACAAGACAUAACUUAGAGGAAGAAGGUGAAUGUCUGUUGUUUAAUCCAAACAAUCCAGAAGAUCAUGGCCAAAAUGAUGUUCAAGUUUCUCAUGCGCAAGGGGUGGCUAAUCAAAUUGAUCUACAACAGAGAGCCACUCUUCCUGUCUACAAGAAAACACCUGAAAAGGAACAACUACAUUGUCCAUUUCCGAGUGCAGAAGAGUCUUUGGAAAUUCCUGAAGACGAAGAACAUAAUAACGAUGUCAUGACAUCAUCCCUGGAUUGGGAGAGUACUUUGGUAAUGAUGUCAAGAUGGAAUGUUAAAAGAGGCACUAAUUGUGUGAACAAUCAUUUUUCUAGAAUCAGGUUCUAUCAAGAUUAUGAUAUUCCCCUUGGGAAGUUUUUGCGAGAUAAUCUGCUAAAUCAGAGUGCUGGUUGCUCAUUUAGCAGAAUGUCACGGGUUCGAUUUGUGGAAUCAGCCAAUGAUGCCUGCAUCAGAAUAGGCUGCCCACAUCACACCCCGUUAGGGUUGUUGACCUAUAAGCUCUGUUGUUGCAGAGGAACCAAUGCGGGACGUGUGGUGAAUCCCCGAAAGUUCACAUUUUCCGUUAUGCACAUCAUGAAGCUACUGACUAUUAAAGUUCAUUCUCUUCCAUUAAACAAGGCCCUCUCAGGUGAAAGGGAAGGAAAAAUUUGGAUGUGGAGUCGUUGUAAUGGAGGCUCAAAAAAUACAAAAAGAGUUUUAAUGUCUAGUGGCUCCCUUGGAUUUUCAUUUGGAAGAUUUUUGCAGCUCAGUUUCUCCGAUUCCUCUUUGUUUAGUAGACUGCCUGACCGCAGUCACUCCUUCAACAGUGAUCUCCUCUACUUCUUCGGAUUAGGGUCAAUGGUUGCAGUGUUCAAGUACUCAACUUUUAUUAAUUAUUCUGUGUCUCUUCCUCCUCCGAUUUUGGAGUUUAGCAGUUCGACCAAAGGAGAGUUUUGUAGGAAGGAUUUUGAGGAUGUUUACACGAAAGGGAUUAUGAAGUUUCUCGAUGUAGAGAAAGCUUUAAAGGCAAUAGAGUCCCGUUUUAAUGGAACAACUAUAAAUAUUCAAGGGUCAAAUUUGGAAUUUUCUGAAGUUGAGAAAAUGCUGAAGGAAGAGAGAUCUCAAUUUGAGAUUGAUAUUAAAAACACAGAGAAGCAGGAGGCUGUGUAUAAAGCUCUGAGCUUGAACAGAAUACAGCUGGAGCUUCUGCUUGAGUUGUGUGUGUGGGAUCGACGUCUUCAUUCCCUGAUGUCAUCUGACUAUAAAGUUACUAAUCCCAAAACCAUUGACCAGAAUCAAGACGCACUGGCCGCUAAGCUAGAUGCUAAUGUUACAGGUGCCAGUUAUUUUAAUCCUCAAAGGAGUAGAUCCAUCUUAGCAAUAUUAUCUAACAUAGAGCAUAACAAAGGGUGGUGGAGUCCUUUCCCUGAAAUUCGACGUGAAUACAUGAAGAAUCUUCAGAGAGGUUACUUAACAAGAUUAGGUUCUGUCGCAACCUAUGGUGCAGAAACUAUAGCUUGUGGACUUACUACUGAUGAAGUUGGAAACCUCUAUAUUCCCCUCGGAAGUGAUAAGUAUAUCGUGUCUGAUUAUGAAGAUGAAUUUUCUAGCAUAAUUGCUUGUGCUUUGGCCUUGCUGAUGGAUUUACCUGUCGCGAGUCAUGAUCUUGAAGAUGAAUCAUGCUCAUCGAGUUUGCCUAGAACGCACAAAUACUCAGUGAUCUGUCCCUAUGCUCGUCCAUUUCUUCAUUUGCGAGAUCGUUGUUGCCCAUCUGAAGUUGAUUUUAUUGCUUCCUUAAGUAGGUGUAGGAGCUGGUAUCCAAAAGGUCGUGAAACUAAUUCUUUUUCCGCCAAAACUCUUGAUGAUCGGUUCAUCGUAAAGGAAAUUAAGAGGAAUGAAUUUGAGUCAUUCUUGAAAUUUGCUCCUUGUUAUUUUGAUUACAUGGAUCAGUGCAUAGAGAAAGGAAGUCAAACCUGCCUCGCAAAAAUUCUCGGCAUUUAUCAGGUCAUAAUAAGAUCAAGUGGGAAAGAGAAAAUGCAUGAUCUCGUGGUGAUGGAGAACCUUUCGUUUGGAAAAAAUAUUACUCGACGAUAUGAACUAAAAGGUACAUUGCAUGCUCGACUUAGUUCAGCAAACGACGGAGCAGGAGGAAUUUUUCAGGACCAAAACUUUGUGAAUGACAUGAAUAUUUAUCCCAUAUGUGUUGGUAAGAACUCAAACAGGAAUUUGCAAAGAGCUGUAUGGAAUGACACUGCUUUCCUCAGUACAAUCAAUGUGAUGGACUAUUCUCUGUUUGUGGGAAUGAAUACUGAGGGCAAUGAACUUGUUUGUGGGAUCAUUGACUAUCUAAGACAGUACACAUGGGACGUACAACUCCUCAAUUGGUUCAAUUCCUCACUUCCCGAUCCCAAGGAGUAUAAAAAGAGAUUUAGGAAGUUUAUCAAUGAACAUUUUCCCACUGUUCCAGACCAAUCUUGAAUCGAAGAUCAUCAAAUUAUUGUGGUAAUUCAGUUCAUUCGAAAGCUAAAGAUGAAGCCGAACAUGAAGAUAAUAUUUUUGGUGAUAAAAUCUGCUCUCCAAGGAAAACAGAAACUUGAGUUUUUUUCUAUAGUUUAAGUCUCAUAGUGAAAAUACCGAGUCAUUCAAUUACAUGCGUUUGCAGUGGAAGUUCUUGUUUUUAUUUGGAUUUGUGAGAAUUGAUUUCGAGGUUCCUUUU